AGGCGGUGUCGGAUGAAAUGCUGGUGGAACUGAAAGCGUGCUUCAUGGAGGCCUAUGAUGACAAUCAAGAUGGAAAAAUUGACAUUCGUGAGCUGGCACAAUUGCUUCCGAUGGAGGAGAACUUCCUUCUCCUCUUUAGGUUCGACAAUCCUUUGGAAUCCAGUGUGGAAUUUAUGAAGAUCUGGCGCGAAUACGAUACGGACGGCAGCGGAUAUAUUGAAGCCGAUGAACUGAAGAAUUUUCUCCGGGACCUCUUGAAGGAAGCGAAGAAAAUUAAUGACGUUUCAGAGGACAAACUCAUUGAAUAUACAGACACUAUGCUACAAGUAUUUGACUCCAACAAGGAUGGGAGAUUGCAACUAUCGGAAAUGGCCAAACUGCUGCCUGUCAAGGAGAACUUCCUAUGUCGACAAGUCUUCAAGGAGGGCAUAGAGGGCGCAACAAAACUUACAAAAGACGACAUCGAAAGGGUCUUCUCACUGUAUGAUAGGGAUAACAAUGGCUCGAUCGAGAACGAAGAGCUCCGGGGUUUCCUGAAGGAUUUAUUAGAAUUAGUUAAAAAGGAUUACGACGCUCAAGACCUGCUGGAGUUUGAAGAAACGAUCCUCCAAGGUGUAGAGUACAGCAGUGAAGGGAAGAUAAGCAGAAAGCAACUCACGAUGAUACUCCUAGCCCUAGCUAAGCAUCAUCAGGAAGAAGAACCGGCGACUCCAUAA